CACUCGCUCCAUCCCUCUGCGGGUUCGUGUCACGAAUACUACAGUUCCCAGCAGGCUCCACGAGCUCCGGGUGCCCCUCAGACGGUGACCGGCGGCUACGGCGGGGGGGCUGUAGUUUCUUCCGGUCUCGCCACAAUCUUCUUCCCUCUCCUCCGCAAAACAGGCAGUUACUGGGUGCUGGAGCUUACCCUCUUAUUUCCAGAAAAGGCCGGUAGCCAGUGGAGUCAGAGUUUCCACGGAAGACUGCGCGCUACUCCGGCCUGGAGGGCGGAGCUGCGGAACGCUAGGAGCCUUGCGCUGGGUGACGACCUCGAUCACGUUUUACGGCCGUUCCCCAGGUCGGCGGGGUACGGCGGCCGCGCACGCGCGGCAGGGGGCGUGGGGCUGGGCCCUGCCUGACGCGUUCGCAGCCUGCGGCGGCGAACUGCCGGUAGUCAGCUGUGUGUGUACGCCGCCGAGCUGACGGGGCGGGGACGCGGGGUAUGGAUAGGGGGUCGCCUUGACCUCGGCCUCAGCCAGUAGGACAGCCUCGGCCUCGCGGACGGAAAUGGUGCCCUGGGUGCGGACGGUAGGGGAGAAACUGAAGCAGCGGCUGCGGCUGGACGUGGGGCGCGAGAUCUGCCGCCAAUACCCGCUGUUCUGCUUCCUGCUGCUCUGCCUCAGCGCCGCCUCCCUGCUUCUUAACAGGUAUCUUCAUGUUUUAAUGAUCUUCUGGUCAUUUGUUGCUGGAGUUGUCACAUUCUACUGCUCACUAGGACCUGAUUCUCUCUUACCAAAUAUAUUCUUCACAAUAAAAUACAAACCCAAGUUUGGACUUCAGGAAUUAUUUCCUCAAGGUCAUAGCUGUGCCGUUUGUGGUAAAGUGAAAUGUAAACGACAUAGGCCUUCUUUGCUACUUGAAAACUACCAGCCAUGGCUAGACCUGAAAAUUUCUUCCAAAGUUGAUGCAUCUCUCUCAGAGGUUCUUGAAUUAGUGUUGGAAAACUUUGUUUAUCCUUGGUACAGGGAUGUGACAGAUGAUGAAUCCUUCGUUGAUGAACUGAGAAUAACAUUGCGGUUUUUUGCAUCUGUCUUAAUAAGAAGGAUUCACAAGGUAGAUAUUCCAUCCAUUAUAACCAAGAAACUAUUAAAAGCAGCAAUGAAGCAUAUAGAAGUGAUAGUUAAAGCCAGACAGAAAGGUAAUACAGUUUUCUACUACAGUUCGAGUGAUUUUGUUUUUAUACACCAUUUUUUACCUGAAAUAUCUAAUUAUGAGUACCAAUUCAUUAACUUAUAUAUUCACAGUUGCUGCUAGAGUAUUCUUUUAAACUGAAAUCUCUUUCAGUAGUUUGCCAAUAAU